AUGGGGAGGCAGACGCUGUCUGCUUGCCAUCAGCAGCCUGGAGAGUCAUCAGCGAGGUUCGUCAAUCGUCUGCUAAACCUGGUCCGAGCAGCUACGACCGGCCAGGACCCAAGUAAUCAAAAAGAAAGGGCCCUUGAGGAAUUCGUGGCUAGGUUGCGUCCCGACAUUCGCUACUACGUCAACUCAGACAACCCCCUGACGUUCGAGCAAGCGGUAGCGAAGGCCACAGCUGACCGCUUGAUCAACCCAGUUGGCGCAGCACGCACCAUAGAGGUGAAGGCGGUGGCAGCUGGACCGCCGCGGACGAAUAUGGAGAACGUAGGUAUGUACGCAGAAGUUUGUCUCGCACGAACCGACCGCGAUUCUUUCAGCAGCCAGCACCAGCAAGGAAUCAAGAUGUUUUUCGCCAGCAUGGUAUUCCCGAUCGUCGACUUAUUCCUAGUCGUUCGAACUGUUUCAACUGUGGAGGAGUUGGUCAUCACGCUCGACAGUGCCCGUCGCUGA